AUGGCUGGAGAGUGUGCGGGGCCUCUGGGGUCAGGGCUCCCUUCUGAUGGCUCCACUGUUCCAGAAGAGCCAUCAGCCGGAAGCGGAGAGAAGGCCAUCCGGGAAUGUGGGAAGCCUGGCGCCCACGCCCUGGUGAGGAGCCCCCGAUUCCCUGUCUCCUCCCGAGACCACCUCCUCAUGCCUCUGGGACCAGCUGUUAGUCCUCUGGGGACCGGCCUCAAAAACACCCGGAACAUGCCCCAGAUCCUCUCAGCCCAGCCCCAGGAUACCAAGCCUCUGCUCCUGGCUCACUCGUGCCCCCCGCCCCCCAAACAGGUGAACCAGGGGAACAUGCCCGGCGUCCAGAGCACCUUCCUGGCCAUGGACACGGAGGAGGGGGUGGAGGUGGUGUGGAACGAACUGCACUUCGCUGACAGGAAGGCCUUUUCGGCCCACGAGGAGAAGAUCCAGAUCAUGUUUGAGCAGCUGGCGCUGGUGGACCACCCCAACAUUGUCAAACUGCACAGGCACUGGCUGGAUGCCUCGGAGGCCCGAGCACGGGUCAUCUUCAUCACAGAGUACGUGUCAUCGGGCAGCCUCAAGCAGUUCCUCAAGAAGACCAAGAAGAACCACAAGGCCAUGAACGCCAGGGCCUGGAAGCGCUGGUGCACGCAGAUCCUGUCCGCGCUCAGCUUUCUGCACGCCUGCAGUCCCCCCAUCAUCCACGGGAACCUGACCAGCGACACCAUCUUCAUACAGCACAAUGGCCUCAUCAAGAUCGGCUCUGUGUGGCACCGGAUCUUCUCCAACGCGCUCCCAGACCACCUCCGAAGCCCCAUCCGUGUUGCGCGCGAGGAGCCUGGGAACCUGCACUUCUUCCCGCCGGAGUACGGGGAAGUUGCCGAUGGCACUGCGGUGGACAUCUUCUCUUUUGGGAUGUGUGCGCUGGAGAUGGCUGUGCUGGAGAUCCAGGCCAAUGGGGACACCCGGGUCACAGAGGAGGCCAUCGCUCGCGCCAGGCGUUCUCUGAGUGACCCCAACAUGCGGGAGUUCAUCCUCUCCUGCCUGGCCCGGGACCCUGCCCGCCGGCCCUCCGCUCACAGCCUCCUCUUCCACCGUGUGCUGUUUGAGGUGCACUCGCUGAAGCUCCUGGCCGCUCACUGUUUCAUCCAGCACCAGUACCUCAUGCCUGAGAACGUGGUGGAGGAAAAGACCAAGGCGACGGACCUGCACACGGUCCUGGCAGAGAUUCCCCGGCCACCCCGGCCCCCGUUGCAGUGGCGGUACUCAGAGGUCUCCUGCUUGGAGCUUGACAAGUUCUUGGAGGAUGUCAGAAAUGGGAUCUACCCACUGAUGAACUUCGCUGCUGCUCGGCCCCUGGGGCUGCCCCGUGUGCUGGCCCCACCCCCCGAGGAAGCCCCAAAGGCCAAGACCCCGACGCCAGAACCCUUUGACUCAGAGACCAGAAAGGUGAUCCAGAUGCAGUGUAACCUGGAGAGAGGCGAGGACCAGGCGCGCUGGCAUCUGACUCUGCUCCUGGUGCUGGAGGACAGGCUGCACCGGCAGCUCACCUACGACCUGCUCCCAACCGACAGUGCCCAGGACCUGGCUGCCGAGCUGGUGCACUAUGGCUUCGUCCACGAGGACGAUCGGCCGAAGCUGGCCGCCUUCCUGGACAGCACCUUCCUCAAGUACCGCGGAGCUCAGCCGUGA